AUAGGUUGAGAUUAAAAUUUCCACUCGAAGAGGUGAAGUGAAGCUGUUGGGUUCUUCUUGCCUUCUUCAAGACAAUUCUUGUCUUGUGCCUGCAGUUCCUGCUUUGUGGUUAGUGUUCCUUGUGUUCCAUCAACGAUGCCGCCGCGUGCAGUGAAGAAACCGUCCACGGUAACAGCAUUGAAGAAGAAGACACCGGUGAAAACCCCUGUAGAGACAAAAGAAGAACCAAAAGAAGCCGAAGCCCUUCAAAAUAACACCAACAAGAGCACUGUCAGUACAAACUACGAAGAACACCGAGAACCCUCUCCAACUCCGAAAGAGGAAAAGGAGGGGAAGGAUAUUCCCAUUGGUUAUCACGAGGUUGAUAGAUCCGAAAGGUUGGAGCUUGAAGACAAUUACCCCAAUUCUGAAGCGGAGGAGUAUGGCGGGGCGCAUGUGAGGAUGGAAGGCGAGGAAGAACACUAUGAGGAGAGAAUUGAUGGAGAUUAUAUGAUGGAAGGGGAGGGGGAGGAGGAUGGACACGCUGAGGAGAUUGAUGGUGAAGAAGAGGAGGAGCACCAUGAUGUGGCAAAGGAGAGGCAGGAGCGGCGCAAGCGGAAGCAAUUCGAGAUUUUUGUUGGAGGAUUGGACCGAGAUGCUACUGAAGAGGAUCUAACGAAGGUUUUCAGUCAGGUUGGUGAGGUCACUGAGGUCAGACUUAUGAAGAACCCAGUGACUCAUAAGAACAAGGGCUUUGCUUUCCUACGGUUCGCAACUGUUGAGCAGGCUCGACGUGCCAUCAAUGAACUUAAGCAUCCAACGGUCAGUGGAAAGCAGUGUGGAGUAGCUCCAAGUCAGGAUAAUGAUACUCUGUUUGUUGGCAACAUAUGCAAGACAUGGACAAAAGAAGCUCUGAAAGAAAAGCUUGCACAAUAUGGUGUUGAUAACUUCGAGGAUUUGACAUUAGUUAAAGACACUAGAAAUGAAGGAAUGAAUCGGGGAUUCGCUUUUCUUGAUUUCCCUUCUAGAGCAGUUGCCUUGGAUGCAUGUAAGCUCUUGCAAAGGAGGGACGUUGUGUUUGGUACAGAUCGGACUGCUAAAGUUUCCUUUGCAGACACUUCUAUUGAACCAGAUGAUGAAAUUAUGUCUCAGGUUAAAACAAUAUUCAUUGAUGGUCUGCCUGCUGCUUGGGAUGAGGACCGGGUCAAAGAAUAUCUCGAAAAGUAUGGAAAGAUUGAAAAGGUUGAACUUGCUAGGAAUAUGCCAGCUGCUAAACGAACAGAUUUUGGCUUUAUAACAUUUGACACACACGAUUCUGCAAUGGCUUGUGUUGAAGGUAUUAAUGAUCUUGAGCUGGGUGAUGGGGACAAAAAGGUAAAGGUUAGGGCAAGGUUGUCAAGACCACGCCAAAGAGGCAGGAUAGCAAAACAUGCCAGAGGGGGUUAUUUAGUUGGACAUAGUGGUAGUCGGGGUGGCAAUGCUCCCUGGAGCUCCAGUAUGCCCCUUACAGAUUCCUGGAGGUAUGCAGGGCGCAGUGACCGAGUCACUCAAAGCCGUAGCUCAUAUGGUGGUGGUUAUAAGCAGCCACUUGGUCCCAGGGACAGACAUCCACAGGUGGAUGUCAUAUCCGACAGAGUCGGGGGUAGAAGGAGAGUGCUUUCUCCAAGAAGGUCCUACGAUCAGAUGUCUCCUGGUCCUGCUUAUGGAAAGAGCAGCUCAAGGAGGGAUUAUGUGCGGCAUGAUGAACCUUUUCCCAGAUCAUCUGAUUACACUAGUGCUCGUCCUGGGAGGCGCUCAUCCUAUAGAGAUUCUUACCCUUAUAGUGGACCAGGCUACCCAGAUAGUCCUCCUAGAAGCACCUCUCGUGGUGCAGCUCGUAGACCUCCCCCUCUCUAUGCUGAAGAAAGCUAUGAAAGACCAAUGGAGCGGCCUUCGACCUACCGUGACAGCCAUAGUCGUGAUUACCCUUCUCUUUCUGGCUCUAAGCGUCCUCAUUCUGCUUCGGAGCUUCAUCCUCGCUAUGCUGAGUCCACAAUUAGGCAAUCACAAGCUCGCUACGAAUAUGGGAGAGGCAGUGAUGCCAUGCCAUAUGAUGAUGAUGAUGAUGCUUAUGGAAACGAGUCCACCAGGGUGGGGCGUGGUUCUCAUCUAGGAUAUGAAGGAGGUGGUCGGAGUUCUGCAGGGCAUUCUUAUGGGUUGUAUGACUCACGUACAUCAAGUGUGGGUUACAGCAGAGAUGAGGCAAGUAGAGGCGAUGCUGGAGGAAUGUACUCCAGCUAUGGCAGGGAUUACAUGUCCCGUGGUUACAUGUCUCCUGGAGAAGAUGUUGGUGCCGAUUCAUAUUCAUCUGCCUACUCUAGUCGUCGCAUGAGUGAUGGCUACUUAAGUGGGAGAGGUUCAGGAUCAUAUUAUUAAGGUGAGUUUGAUUCUGGUUACACCAUGAUAUUAUCACCAGGUGUGCCACAGAUAGAGCAUCGCAGACACAUGAUCGAGCCUGUCAAUUUUAAGAACAAAUUCUUGGAGGCUAAUUGAAUGGGAAGCUUUGCUGGAAGGCCUGCCCUACACUCCAAAACAUUGUUUUCUUUAAUGGAUGGAACCUUGCAAUGUGGAUAUAGAUCUUUGAUUACUUGAAAACCUUUUAAGAGAUUCAACCCAUAAGUUCACCUCUGUACUCUUGAAAGAUUGAUUAUGGGAUUAGUAAUUUAUGCUACUUAGCUCCAAGGAUGAUGACAAUGUAGGGUUUAAGUUAGAAUAGUUGAGAAAUAUGGCUCAUUCAAGUUGAAAAAGGUGGUUGAAAGAGGAAGCUUCAGUCUGUAAUGUAUGAUAUGGUGAUUCUAUUUAUAAUCUCUAUGAUCCUAUCCAGAUGGAUGGAGAAACUGAGGCUUAAAAGUCAUACUUAUUUCCUGCCUGCUUAUGAUUUAAGGAUUUGAGCUGUCUCACGGAUGUACAGCGAUUGGCUUGUUUGGGCUGGUUUUUUUUUCUGUAUCGCUGUAUUAUCAUGACCGUAGGCCAGUUUGACCACUGUAGUGGGUUAUACUGAGCAUCUGAACUUGGUAUUUCCCUUUAUUGGAAGUGAUUCUCAUAAGGGAUUAAAGUAUUUGACCUUCCAUCAGUUCUACUUUUCUAA